CGCAGCGUCCGUCUCGGGGUGUGUCGCUGUUGACGGAGCCUCCUGUUCUCUCGCUGUAGUUUAGUGGAACUUGCUCAGCCCGAAUCCUCGCACUACUUCCCUGGCUGCUGUCGCUUCACGUUGGUAGAAGAUGUUUUUUGCCAAAGCACUCUUCAAAGGCGUCAUCGAUGUUGUGAGCAACAUCGACCCAGCCCAGUUUGUGCCUUCUGACCCUCCUCCUCCACGUAGACCACUUGCAUAUGCAGAGCAGCAUGAGAAUGAUGAGGAGAAACAGUUCCGCAGAGUCUUCAAGCAGCUCGCUGGAGAUGACAUGGAAGUGAGCCCAAAUGAGCUCAAGGACAUCCUGAAUAAAAUCAUUGGAAAGCAUGGAGAUCUGAAGACAGAUGGUUUCAGCAUUGAGUCUUGCAGGAGCAUGGUGGCAGUCAUGGAUAGUGACAGCACAGGGAAACUCGGCUUUCAUGAGUUCAAACACCUCUGGAACAACAUAAAGAAAUGGCAGGGAGUGUAUAAGUCUCACGACAGAGAUGGAUCAGGCAUCAUCAGUGAAGAUGAGCUGCCCAAUGCUUUCCGAGCUGCAGGUUUCCCCCUCAAUGACCAGCUGUUCAAGAUGAUAAUUCGCAGAUACAGCGAUGAAAAUGGGAACAUGGAUUUUGAUAACUAUAUUGGCUGCCUUGUGAGGCUAGAUGCCAUGUGCCGUUCCUUCAAAACCCUGGAUAAAGAUAACAAUGGGACUAUCAAAGUCAAUGUCCAGGAGUGGCUUCAGUUGACCAUGUACUCUUGAGUCCAGACGACAUCUCUCCUGCUUGUUAUACGGAACCACUUUAUUUGUCUACACAGUACAAUACUUUAUCAACUUUCCUUACAACUUCCUGUGAUUAUCAGCAAAUCCCUUGUGCGUGCUUCUUAGAAUAUUAAUGCAAUAAGUGUUGGGGGACUCUGUUCUGUAGCACUUGCCAGAAAAGGUACAAACCUACAUCUACAAAGGUACCCCUAGCUGAAUACUCAGGACGAGUUCGAAGCCUAUAUAAUUCAAUUAAAAUAUGGUAGCAUGUUGAAUUGGUUUUUGUUCAGCCGUUUGAUUUGCCUCCACCCACAAGUCAAAAUCAGAAAGGCCGACAUCAAUAUGCCUUAUAACGAGCAAAAUUUGAAAAUCUAAUGUGAAAGCAGGAAUCUCUCAUUCUAAUGUAGCUGGGGCUGGUUUUACACUGUUGGGUCAAGGAACAAUCACAUCUCGAUCAACGCUGUGUCAGCUGCUGAAAUACAGGAAAAGCUACGACACUCAUCACUGUCAAAAAUCUCACACUCGAGGUAACCUCUGGUGGAAGAUUAGGUAUGUAGCUGCAAGCUUGGUCGGCCAUAUUUUCUAGAUAAGCUAGCUAUCACCAGAGGUGUUAACAGGUAUUGUGCCGGAGGUAGUGUUCUGUAGAAGCUGAAGUGGGCUGACGCUAAUGUGAGAUUUACAUGAGGUCACCAAAUCCCAUGUACUGACAGUUGUUUCAUGUAUAGUUUUACAUGGCUGUGUUGAUUUUGACCAGUCUCUGUGAAAGUCCCUAUGGUCCAUCCACUCUGACUAGAAUAGUUGAGCGACAGCCAUGUAAAAUUAUAUAUACAUUUUCUGUCUUACUUUUAGUUUAACUCCAUUAAGUCUCUGUGAACCCGCCCCAAUAGUACUGAAUAAGAGAUAGUUCAUUAAAACCUUUGAGUCCACUAAUAUAAUUUAAGUGAGGAACGGGAUGGGUUAUGGUUUGUUUGCAACACAGCCUGUCACAGACAGAUCUUGGUUGGAUUAUUUGUACACAUGUUUAUUGUGCAACAGUUACAUUGGUAUAAUAAAUGCAUAGUGGACAGUGAUACUGAUGCUUUCUACAGUAGACCAUUUUAACAAAGAAUUUCUCUAAAAUCCCGAAUUCUCUUUAAAGUCACCUUAUAUUAGAGACAGUAUGCUAAUAUAUAUAUUUCAGUAUACCCACAUCUAUAUCUUCUUUCUAUUAAUAAUGAGACAAUGUUGUAUUUGGGCAGGCUGAUAUUUAGCUUUUUAAUAUUGAUUCUAGCAGUGCAACUUUGCAAUAGCCUUCUGUUUGUCCUCGCUUCCUGAUCACAUUAUCACUUCUCACUGUUUACUGUGCCUGCGCCACAUAGUGUCAGCACUGUGUGUGAAUUGAUCAUAUAUAACAGAUGUGUAUGCCACAAAUGCAUGCAGCCAAUUGAAAGGAUGGAUUGCAAACGUUUUUUUUAAACCAUGCAGUUGAAGCCGUGGUCAUUUAAAUGUUACUGAAAAUGUAUGGUAAAAUACAUAUGUGCCAUAUUUUAAAUAAAUGGUAACUUAAAUGUG